UGCCUAUCUUGUCCCUGGAUCGUCAGGCUGAGAUAUAUAAAGUACAAAAUUAUGUUCCCGCUCCGCACGUUCAAAAAUUUCAGUUGGGUUUGAAAUCUGAGCGCAAGAACAAAGCGAAGGAGAGCAAGAGAAGCUCUCUCCGUCUCUCUCCCUCUCCAAUGGCUCCCCAUUUCGUCUUCCCUCAAACUCUUCAAGCGCUUGAGCAAGAAUACGAAGACAACCACCUUUGCGCUCUCAACACCACUGAUAUCGCCACCCUUCGUUCCUCCGAACUCGAAGAGUUCGUCAAAGGUGUAUCCUUUGAUCUGUCCGAUAAGGAGCUGUUUUGUGUGGAAGAACAAGAUGUGUUUGAUCGCGUUUACUCUUUGAUCCGCAGUUACAGUGUUCUACCAUCAUCUUGUAAAUUCAAUCUUGUUGAGAGUCUGCGGUCCAAUCUCAGUGUCCUUCUUCCUAAUGUUGAUUCGCUUACAAGGCUUUCUGAAGGUCAGGAUGGUGAAUCACCUGUGCUUGACCGGAUUGCAUCACAUCGUAAUGCCUUUAAAAUCUACACAUUCUUUCUGUUUAGUGUUGUUCUAGCUGAGGAGUCUAAUAUCAAUACCAGCAACAAUUCAAAGGUGACUGCGAGUUCUAGGAAGAAACAUCCCCUUAACGCAUGGAAUUGGGAGCCACAGAGAGGCCGGAUACUCAACGUGAUAGCAAAUUCGUUAGAGGUCAACCUCGCGUUGCUCUUUGGUUCACCAAGCCUGGAUGAAAACUAUAUUUCUUUUGUUGCAAUGAAAACAUUUUCUUUGUUUGAGAAUGCCGCACUUUUAAAAGACUCUGAUACAAAAGAUGCUUUAUGUCGUAUAAUUGGUGCUUGUGCUACUAAAUACCAAUACAUGGCACAAUCAUGUGCUUCCAUCAUGCACCUAAUUCACAAAUACGAUUUUGUUGUUACCCACAUUGCUGAUGCGAUCGCUGGUGCUGAGAAAAAGUACGCUGAUGGGAGCCUGGCUAGUUCUCUCAUAAGAGAGAUAGGGAGGACUAGUCCAAAAGACUAUGUGAAGGACAGUGCUGGGGCCGAAAAUGUUGGUCGUUUUAUGGUGGAACUUGCUGAUCGGCUGCCAAAAUUGCUUUCUACUAACAUUGGAGUCCUGGUGCAGCACUUUGGUGGGGAUUCUUAUAAGAUAAGGAAUGCUCUUGUUGGAGUAUUGGGGAAGCUGGUUGCAAAGGCAUUUAAGGACGUGGAGGGUGAAUUAAGUUCUAAAACUGUUCGCCUCAGAACCAAGCAAGCUAUGUUGGAAAUAUUACUUGAGAGGUGCCGAGAUGUUUCAGCAUAUACUAGGAGUCGGGUUCUUCAAGUUUGGGCUGAACUGUGCGAAGAACAUUCUGUUUCAAUUGGCUUGUGGAAUGAGGUUGCAGAAGUUGCUGCUGGGAGGUUGGAGGAUAAGAGUGCAAUAGUUAGAAAAUCUGCAAUAAAUUUACUUAUCACGAUGUUGCAGCAUAAUCCAUUUGGUCCACAACUUCGAAUAGCUUCCUUUGAAGCAACCUUGGAACAGUACCAGAAAAAGCUAAAAGAGCUUGAACCAGAUAUCGCUUCAGAAAGUGUUGUGAACAGGGUACUAUCUGAUGGUGAUACCUGUAAUGGAGAUGAUGAGGUUGAUGAUGAAGAUGAUUUUACUGUGACCAUGGAACAGCAGGAGAGUAUGACUUAUAGUUCUCUACCUAAUAUAAAAGAAAAUGUUGUUCAGAUGGAUAGCUCUGUGCCAGAUGUUGGGAACUUGGAGGAAACAAGGGCCUUGGUCGCAUCGCUUGAGGCUGGCUUGAGGUUUUCCAAGUGUAUGGCUGCGACGAUGCCAAUACUUGUCCAAUUGAUGGCAUCAUCUUCUGCCACUGAUGUGGAGAACACGAUUCUCUUAUUGAUGAGGUGCAGACAAUUUCAAAUUGAUGGCUCAGAAGCAUGUCUCCGUAAGAUGUUGCCACUGGUAUUUUCUCAAGACAAGUCCAUAUAUGAAGCUGUAGAAAACGCUUUCAUUACGAUUUAUAUAAGGAAAAGCCCUGUUGAAACUGCUAAGAAUCUUUUGAAUCUUGCAAUAGAGUCAAAUAUAGGAGAUCUAGCAGCUCUGGAGUUCAUAGUUGGUGCACUGGUGUCCAAAGGUGAUAUAUCAAGCAGUGUGGUAGCAGCAUUAUGGGAUUUCUUUUGCUUUAAUGUAACUGGAACCACCGCAGAGCAGAGUCGUGGUGCGUUACAUGUCCUUUGCAUGGCAGCCAAGUCUCAUCCUGAGGUACUUGGCUCCCACUUGCAGGAUAUUAUCGAUAUUGGGUUUGGUCGUUGGGCUAAAGUGGAAUCUUUGCUUGCCAGAACAGCAUGUAUUGCUCUUCAGAGAUUAUCUCAAGAGGACAAGAAAAACUUAUUGUCUAGUAAUGGGAGCAGAGUAUUUAGUAUUUUGCAAAGCUUAAUUACUGGUUUCUGGCUCCCUGAAAAUAUAUGGUACGCUGCUGCUGAUAGAGCUAUUGCUGCCAUAUAUACAAUUCACCCAACUCCUGAAGUCCUAGCUGUUGAUCUUGUAAAGAAAUCUCUCAAUUCUUUGUUUGAUUGUAACGGAGGUGAGGAGUUGCAGAAUGAAAUUGAUAGUGGUAAUGCUGGAAUACUUACAACAACUCAAGUAGGAAAACUUAGUAGAUAUCUAUUUGUGGUAAGUCAUAUUGCAAUGAACCAACUCGUGUAUAUUGAAUCAUGUCUACGAAAGAUCCGGAGGCAGAAAGUUGGUCAAGAAAAGAUGGAAUCUGAAAGUCAGACAAAUGGUAACGUCACAAUGCCUGGUGAUACUCCAAAGGAAAAUGGUAUCAAUGCUGAGCUUGGCCUUGCUGCGUCUGAAGAUGCAAUUCUUGAUACACUCUCUGAAAGAGCAGAAAAAGAAAUUAUUUCUGGUGAUUUUAACGAGAAGAAUCUGAUUGGUCAUUGUGCAACUUUCCUGUCUAAGCUUUGUAGAAACUUCAGUUUGAUGCAAAAGUAUCCAGAACUACAGGCAUCUGGAAUGCUUGCUUUAUGUCGGUUUAUGAUUAUUGAUGCAAAUUUUUGUGAUGCGAACCUCCAGCUUCUCUUCACGGUUGUGGAGAAUGCACAAUCAGAAGUUGUUCGUUCCAAUUGCAGUAUUGCACUUGGAGAUUUGGCUGUACGCUUUCCUAAUCUUUUAGAACCAUGGACAGAGAACAUGUAUUCCAGGUUACAGGACCCUUCAGUUUCUGUUAGGAAGAAUGCCGUUUUGGUGCUUUCUCAUCUCAUACUGAAUGACAUGAUGAAGGUUAAAGGUUACAUAAACGAAAUGGCUAUGAGAUUAGAAGAUGAAGAUGACAGGAUUUCAAAUCUGGCUAAACUGUUUUUUCAUGAGCUGUCUAAGAAAGGAAGCAAUCCGGUAUAUAAUUUGCUUCCAGAUAUACUGGGCAAAUUAUCCAACCAGAAUAUAAAGAGAGAGUCUUUCUGCAAUAUCAUGCAGUUUUUAAUUGGUUCCAUCAAGAAGGACAAACAAAUGGAAGCUCUUGUUGAAAAGCUUUGUAACAGGUUUAGUGGAGUUACAGAUAUUAGACAGUGGGAAUAUAUUUCUUACUGUCUAUCUCAGCUGGCAUUCACUGAAAAAGGAAUGAAAAAGCUCAUGGAGUUAUUGAAGACAUUUGAACAUGCCCUGUCUGAGGAUUCUGUGAUGGACCAUUUUAGGAGCAUAAUAAACAAGGGCAAGAAAUUUGCAAAGCCAGAACUCAAAUUAUGCAUUGAGGAGUUUGAGGAUAAGUUAAAUAAGUUCCAUGCUGAAAAAAAGGAACAAGAAGUGACCGCAAGAAAUGCCCAGAUUCACCAUCAGAAAAUUGGUCAUGUGGAAGGUUUUGCCACCGCUAGGAAUUCUAAAGAAGAUAGAACUGAAUUUGAUGUUACUGAAGAUGGUGAAGUCAUCGACCCCUCAGGUGAAGAAGUGACUCAUCCCUUGAAUGAUGUGUCAAAUUUCAAAUCUGUCGAGUCAGAUGAAUAUUCAGGUGCUUCUAGUGAGUUGACAGAGCAAGAACCAGGUGAUGUAGAAGUUCAAUCACCAAUAUCUAAGAGAGGAGCCACAAAAUCAAGAGCUAAGAAAAGCAACCUGAAAGGUCAAAACAGCUCUAUUUCUGCAUCCACAAGAAAAAAUAUGCGGUCAAAGCAAAGGUAGUCUGAAGACGAGACUGUUCAAAUAUUAUUUUGUAAUUUUUUUUUUUUUUUUUUUUUGGGGUAAAUAAAUGUAACUGCUGCUUGCUUUGCGAUUGGACCUAGAAAAAGUUGGGCUUACCAGAUAGGUGAAUUUGUGUACGAAUCUGUGCUAUUGCUCCACGAUGGAUAAAUUUUUUUUCUUAAUAUUUUCAGGAACAAAUUUGCUUGGAUGUAAAUGGAAGGGGAAAAAAAAAAAAAAAGUUGAAAUCACAAAAUUAGUAGCUAUAUUUGUGGCCAUAGAUAAAGUGCAAUGUAGUCUUAUAUUUCUUUUGAAAAGUAGAGGAUGGCUGAUUCUUUGACUUUCGUAUUGAGAACGCUAUUUUUAAUUA